AUGCCCUUCAAGAUCGAUGCAACUACCCUCCUCGAUAUCGUGUUUGUUGUGUGUGGAGUCAUAUCUUUGAUCCUUGGAGCGUUGUCGUGGUCUCGUACGGCCGCACUGCUUCUUCCUUUACCAACAUGGGUUGCAGCUAUCGCAACCCUCAUAUCCCCGAUCACAGCACUCGCACUGAUAGCCUCGCGAGUUUUUGCCCUACGGUCGAACAAUGAGACACCUCGCAAUUCUCGAUGGAGCACAAUAUCCAGUAUACUCAAUCAUAUUCAGACCAUCAUAUCGACCAUCGUGGCCACAAUAGCACUUGCAUACCUCUUCCCUGACAGGAUACUCUCAUGUAACCUAGAGCAACAAUGGCAGGCUUUCUUUCAAUCGAAGAAUUCCCACGCUAUCCGCUCCAUCCAGGAUGAGUUCCGAUGCUGUGGUCUUAGGAGUCUUCAUGACAGGGCAUGGCCCUUCAAAGACCGGAGUCACGGGGACAAUGCGUGUGAGUUGCAACUGGGAUAUCAGAGGAGUUGCUUCGCUCCUUGGAGAGAGUACCAGCAGAAUACGUCUUGGAUGGUGUUUGCUGCAGUCAUUUUUGUCUUCGCGGCCAAGAUCGCUUUCGUUCAGCUUUCCGGCCGACGAACAAGUUGGAUGAGCGCGCAAUCUGGCAACGGGAAUCCUGAUUACCGUCGAAUUUCACACCCGGGAGUACAGGACGAGGAUGACGAGGAGAAUGGUGUCCACGAGGAGAACGGUUUCCACGAGGAGGCGCGGAGGACAUUCUUACCCCAGUCAAACACGCAGAAUCGGAACGACUGGGAGGUAGACUAA